CCCCGUCUCUCCCUGCCAGGACGACCGGCGCUCGUGCAAUCUCCGAGUCAUGGCGGACUCGACCGGGAUAGACAUAGAGAAACGGCCUCAUGACGCGGCCUACGGAGGGCCAGAAUCUGUUACGAACUCGACGUUUUCAAAUCGGUGGACGAGGAAGUUGCUAAGUUGGGGAGUGGAAGCUAGAGGUAUACUACCGGUCCCCGUGGAACAGAGAACGGACAGACGAUACAGCAAGGUUUUCUAUUUAUGGCUGUCAUGGAACUUCAAUAUACUAUCGUUCUCUGCAGGAACACUCGGGCCGGUUGUCUUCGGUCUCGGCCUGCGUGAUUCUUGCCUGGUUAUCCUUUUCUUCAACUUGCUUUGUGCCGCCCCUCCAGCGUACUUUACUACAUGGGGCCCGAAGACGGGGCUAAGACAGAUGACCCAAGCGCGGUACUCGUUCGGGUAUUUUGGUGUGAUUAUACCAAGCAUACUCAACAUGGUCAACAUGUGCGGGUUCUGCAUCCUCAAUUGCAUUCUGGGAGGUCAGACUCUAUCAGUUAUCUCGGGAGGGAGUUUGAGCUGGACGGUCGGAAUCGUCAUCAUCGCGAUUGUCUCGCUCUUUAUUUCAUUUUGCGGUAUCCAAUUCCUUAUCUGGUAUGAACGGCUCUCGUGGCCCCCUAUCCUCCUGGUGUACCUGGUCGCUCUUGGCGUGUCCGGGAAGCACCUCGCCAAUCCUCCGCAAGCCGCGCCGGCGACCGCUGCCUCCAUCUUAUCCUUUGCUUCGACCAUCGCAGGCUUCGUUAUCACGUAUUCUUCUCUUAGCUCCGACUAUACCACGUACCUGCAUCAUGACGGACCCAGCUGGAUCAUCUUCUGGUAUGCGUACCUUGGCUUCCUCGUUCCCAUCGUCACUCUCCAGUGCUUGGGAGCAGCGGUGGCCAACAGUGUUUCCCUCGUUCCUUCCUGGGAAGCGGGAUACACAGAUGGUAAUGUGGGCGGAUUAAUCGGUGCUAUGCUGGAACCGGUUGGAGGGUUCGGCAAAUUCCUCCUCGUCCUGAUGGCACUCAGCACCGUCGCGAACGUCGCGCCUACGUUCUACAGUUUCUGCUUGAGCUUUCAAGUUGCAGCCGCGUUUACAGCUCGCGUUCCCCGCUAUGUUUUCUCUAUCGUCGCAACCGCAAUUGUGUUACCGAUCUCCAUAGUCGGCCAACACCGAUUCUAUGAUACUCUCACCAACUUCCUUUCCGUGAUCGGGUACUGGUCCUCAUGUUUCGCUGCCGUAGUCCUCGUCGAGCACCUCGUCUUCCGUAAAAACGACUUUGCGAACUACGACCUUACAGCCUGGAACGCGCCUCGUCGGCUACCCCUGGGCAUCGCAGCAUUAGGCGCAAGCGUUCUCAGCUUUGCUCUCGUGGUCCCCUGCAUGAACCAGGUUUGGUUUGUGGGACCUUUGGGAAAAACUGCUGGCGACGUCGGUUUUGAGGUCGCCUUUGGCGCUACCGCCGUGCUGUACCCCCUUUUACGAUGGAUAGAGCGACGAUUCACAGGACGAUAACGGGCGGGACCUCUAGGACUACAUACGCAUGGAUGUGGAGGGAUGUUAAUAGAUUGCUUGGAUUGCCUCGUCUACUCGUUGUAACCCUAGGUAUAAUGGCGCUAUUAUCGCGGGUACUCUGAUAACGAUUCGGGGUUCGAAGGUGCGCAAACCUCGAGCCAUGAUCGCAAAGGGUUUAGCAAGGAGGUUUGAAUACUGGAUAUGCAUGGUUUGUCUCGGACUCCUGUCUUCGCGAGUAUCAACUAUGGGCGGAAGUUGCCUGUACGACUCCUUACCAGAUUCUCGUCGUCGCGUUUUAGCAGGACGUAAUACAAGCUUAGGCACUCCACCAGCCGAGCAGGUUCCGGUGAUUCGACGAUGUCCUCGAGGGCCCGCAUGGAUGUGAAAACGUCAGGAGGAUCAGGGCGGAAUAGUAUAGGUCCGAAUGCAUGAAAGAACAACGGCGACGCAAAGACGUCACGCUUCGCAGCGAGAGAUUCGAGUAAGGCUUCCUUGACAAGUCCAACUGCUGCAACGCGCAUCUGCGGGUACGAAGCGUCCUCCGCAGUUCCUCCGAGCAUCUCGAGCAGGGUAUGGAACCGCAAACCGACGGGACAAAGAGACAGAACAAGCGCCAGUGUACGGAAGACGAUGUGCCGUGUGAUUGGAUCCGGGUGGACGGACGCCAGAGCCGGCAGAAUAAGAGUCAAAGGCGUGGCCAUAUCUGCAGGGAGUUUUCCAAAGGGAUCGGUGGUUUCCUUGACUCUUUGCAAGGUCAUGAGCAGAGUAGUGAGCGUCGAAUCGAGGCCAUGAUUCGUCUGCAGCGACGUUAGACAAACGGGAAAAUAGCGCGUGAGGACCUCCAAGGGGGCACGAUCAGCCGGAGAUGGUGAAUGUGCAAGCAGCAUCAUAUGACCCAGAGUUCGUUUCUCAGUCUUCCACGGAUCUCGCCCUAUGCUAGUCAGAAGCAAUGAAGCAGAUUCUACGACCUCCUCACCGUCUGCCCGGUCAUCGCCAUUGUCUGGUGGCAUGGCUAGCUUUGGGAAGCAUAUCGCAAACGCGCGCUGCGCGUACAUCGUGUGCAAUGUCUCGGAUAAGGACUCCAGGAUAUGCGUCAAGAAGUCUUCUAUCAGAGACCUGCACUCUUCUAGAUCAUUGUCUCCGACCGCGGUGUGCUUGGCCCAUACAGAAACGCCCUCCGCAAGGCGCAUCGAUGCUGUUGCAAGCUCGCAGCCGCCGCUAUCUGGUACUUCUAUCCCAUACUGUGAAAUAGCCACUCGCAAGUCAUCCAAGAGUGGGCGGAUGGUUGCAAAUGCUGAUUUCUUCCCAAGCCGAAUCCGAGGGAUCGCUCGCUGGUAGAUGAUGGCGAUCCUAGUCAGCUGUGCGCCCAGAUGCAGGUGUUGGUCGUCAUCCUGCCGGUCGGCCAUAGACAGUCG